AUGACCCAGCCAGACCCGACCCGGCCGAAUCCAACGGUGUCAACGGUAGAUGCGCUCAGUACUGUACCGCAAGUCGUCCUCGAUUUCGAAGGCAAAAAAAAAUCAACACUUCAUUUUUUUGAAUUGAAGAAGUCAAAAAAGUCAAAAAAGCGAGAAUCUGAGUUAAUCGAAUCAACUGAUAUUAUCAUGAAGAAUCCUACAAAUCAUAUUGAAGAAACUUCAAUCCAGCCUAAAAAGAAAAAAUCAAACAUUGAUAAAUCAAAGGACUCUAGCAAAGACUCAUCAGAUCAAAUUACUUUAGAAAUAGAAGAAGUUGAAACAUCAAAAAAUCAACCCGAUUCUCAGGAAAAGAAGAAGAAAAAUAAGAAAUUGGAUUCAGUAGUGGUAGAUGUGUCUAAGCUCGAGACUUCAGACUCGGGCAAAAAAGAGAAUGUUGAAGAGAAAGAGAAUGUUAAAGCAGUAGAAAACGAAGACAACGUUGAAAAGAAAAAGAAGAAGAAAAAGUCAGUUUCAAAAGUGGAAGACGUACCCAAAAUCGAGGUCUCAAAAUUAGACCAGAAAGACAAUGUCGAAGCAGUGGAAAAGGAAAAUAAUGUUGAAAAGAAAAAGAAAAAAAAGAAAUCAGAUUCAAAAGUGGAAGACGCACCCAAUGUCGACACUUCAGUUCUUGCUCUAGGAAAGGAAGAGAGUAUUACAGUAGUAGAUAACGGAAACAAAGUCGAAAAGAAAAAGAAGAAGUCAAAAACAGAUUCAAAGGUGGAAAAGGUACCCGAUAUCGAGACUCCAGAUCUUGUUUUACAAAAGGAAGAAAGUGCCAAAGUAGCAGAUAACGGAAACAAUACUGAAAAGAAAAAGAAGAAGAAGAAAAUAGACUCAAACUCGGCAGACGCACCCAACCUCGAGCCAUCAGAUUUACCUUCAGGUAAGGAAGAGAGUGUCAAGGUGUUAGAUAACGAACUCAAUACUGAAAAGAAGAAGACGAAGAAGAAAUCAGAUUCCAAAGUGGCAGAUGUACCCAAGAUCGAGACUCCAGAUUUUCUUUUAGGCAAGAAAGAGAGUGAAAAAGUUGUAGAUAGUGAACUCGAUACUCUUUUCAAAUCAUCGGCUUUUCUGCCAGCUUCUGUACCCGAUAUACGAACAACGCAAAAUGCGACCUCCUCCAAGCCUACAGCCAAAAAAGCAGAAAACCCUUCCACAAACACCAAUCUCCCUCGUACCUCAACUUUAUCUUCAAAGCAACCCAACCCCGUCGUCGAGUCAGACGAACGCCCAGAUACCGGAACUUCUGAAGAGGUUCGUUCGGCCUUACAAAAAGCUCAACGCUUUGCACAAUCUUUACGAGCAGCCCCAUCGACCACCUCAACCAACACCAAAUCUCGAGCCAUUAUCUCGGGCAAUGUUUCUUCUGAUGAAGAAACCGGACAAGAGUUAGAUGAUGAUGAUGACGACGAAUCUGUAUCCAACCUUGUCCAUGAGACCCUUCUUUCUCGAAAAAAUUCUGCUCCUAACUCACAUCAGCGUACUCGAAAAACUCGACCAAGCAUUCUAAACGAAACUCCAGAAGAGCGUAACUUGCGCACUGUUUUCGUCGGAAAUGUCAACGUAGACUGUGUCAAGAAUAAAGCUCUUGCGCGUGACUUGAUCGAUCAUCUCUUGAAUCCUGAAUCAGAGUCCGAACCCCUGGCGCCACGCUCACGCAUAGAAUCUUAUCGUUUCCGUGGAAUCCCUCUAGCGACACCCAUCGUCAGCCGUGAACAACAACCUGAAAACCGAUCAGAAAAACGGUCCAAAACAUGGCGGGAGACUCAAAAUUCGUCACACGCUGAUCCAUCUGGGAAACCUACUUUGGACAAUCCUGAAGGUGGUAGGGUAGGUCGAAGAGGAGCCAAGACAGCCUUUGAUGAAACAGGAACAGCCACACUUCCAGAAGUGCAGUAUCUUACCCCGAACCAGAAACGCAAAGUAGGCUAUGUGACUGGCGAUUUACAUCCAGAGGCCAAAUCUUGUGUUGCCUACUUGGUCAUCUCACCACCACCCGAAUCUUCACAAUCCGAAGAAGAUGGUUCUUCACUGACCGCGCAAGAGCUUGCCAAGUUGAUCAGCGAAAAGAGUGACGCUACAAGUUUUAUGGGACAUGUCCUUCGAUGUGAUCUGGCUGGAGCCCGGCGUAUCUCUCAAGAUGGAUCAGACGACGCGCAAAUCAUCGAUUUUGGAGAGCAGCGUCGGACGCUGUAUAUCGGUGGCCUAGAUUUCAUGGAGCACGAGGACACUGUUCGAAAAGCUGUUGAAGCCCAACUGACGGCUGAAAAGGAAGGCCCUCCUUCUGAUGGUGGGACAUGGGUAGAGCGAGUUCGACUUGUGAGAGAUAAGGGAACUUCACUUGGUAAAGGAUUUGGGUAUGUGUUACUUAAAUCAAAAGAUGCAGUCGAAGAGAUGUUAGCACUAGAGUCUUUCAAGAUUGGAAAACGUAAAGUCCGAGUACAAAAGUAUGUUGUUCCAGGUAAAUGUUCAGCCCUCAAAAAGUUAGGUCAACAAAUCCAAACACCAUCAACUUCCACUUCAAACGAUAAACACGAAAAACCAAGCAAACGAGUUAAACUUGAUCUUACACGAGACGUUCCUGCGAUUUAUAAAGGUCCAGAUCUUUCUGAGGCACUUAAAUCGAAAACUAAAGAUGAAAGGAAAUCCAUCAAGAUGAGUACACCUGCUAGAGUAGAAAGAAGAAUCCUUAAGAAACAAGCUAAGUUGAAACUCAAGAUUGCUGGACAAGAAGUUGAUAAGAAGAUUGAAGCUGUGAAGUCUAAACCACUCAAACGAUCUAUCAAGAAACCUAUGAGCCGGGCACCCAAACAGCAACGUCGUCCGGAUAAGAAGAAGGCAUGAUACAAAGACUGUGAGUUUGAGUUUGUUUAUCUCCCUUUUUGUUGUUCUUACAGAUCUUGAGCUGAUCGCCCAUUCCUGAUGUUUUUAAGUUCAUUUUUUUAAUCAAAGAUGAUAGCUCAGUAGCUCAAUGACAUGAUAGAGCAUCUGACGUUGUCUUCGACGGUAGCUUGCUCAGUUUUGCCAUGUCCUAUUAAUGUUAAUGAAAAGUGAUUGUAGGAUGAAAACAUUGUAACUGCAAAACUCCUUGACGGUUGCUUGAAAAAGAAAUGAACAAUUAAGAUCUGAAAAGGUUCUAGUUGGAUUCCU